UAGCGUUGCUGUUUUUGCGGACAAACUGUCGGGAAGUGCGUGGUCCAACUGCCUGUGUUUGAGUUGAGUAAGCUCCUCCACCAUGCAGGGUCUGUCAAAUCGCAGCAAAGUAACUGUCAAAAAAUAUUACUACGAAAUGCAAUAUUAAUAGGUUGCUUUAACAGAGUCUUGCAAAGGCGCGUGUGCGAAGCUAACCGCAGAGUUUGUACCGUUGGCGCGUGCAGUAAUGAUAUCCUCAACUGUCCAGCUACUCAUCCUUGGAUAACAGCGAGAAAGAGCUUUACUGCCUCGCUGAAGCCGUGAGGCUCAGCAAAGAAGAGAUGCUUGUCUGCAGCCAGUUUCCAGCACUGGAGGAUUUUUAUCUUGUUGUCUGCCAUGUCUGCAAUCAGGUGGUCACUCCUCAUGGCAUCUUCACACACUAUGGUAGCUGGGGUAUAGUUUCCUUGUGAGACAGUCAGAGAGAGACAGACAGUCCUGGACCACACCCUCUCAUUCCCUCUCCAACUCUCUCCCACAAAGACAUGCAUAGCAAAAACCAGAAGCGUCACGGCUCCCCCGCCACCUCCAGGAGCCCCCUGGUCCCCAUGAAGCCCAAAGCACCUGCAGUGGCCCCCGCGGUGGCUCCCAGUCCUGGGGACACUCGGGCCUUCAGGGUCCCUAAAGAUUACCCUCACUCCUGCUUCAGCAAGGCGCCUCUUGCUGUCUAUCCACCAAAGGGGGCACGGAACAAGACGUGUGUAUCCCUUCCAGUCGUAAGCCUGGAGAAGAUGCCCUGUCUCAGCCGUGCCAACUCUACAUCACAUGUGCACCUCACCUCCUCCUCUUCCUCCCCCGCCUCCUCCCUCAAACCUCCGUCCCUCAUUCCCCCGGCCUCCCAACGAUCCAGCGACAAACUCAUGAACGGUCGUGGCACCAGCGGGGCGUCCACACCACGCUCCACCGCUUCUCCAUCUUCUCUGGACGGGCGGCCCAGUCCGGCACGCUCUCCACUUGACAGACGGCUGUCGUCUACCCCUUCUCCUUCCCUGCUGGACCGGAAACCCUCCCCGUCACCUUCCCCUUCCCACCGAUCUGGCACUCUGCCGCCCUCGUUGUCGUCGCCAUUGGGGAAGAAGCAGCAUAACGGGCCUAAGACUUCCUGCGGGUCGCAAAAAAGACUCUCAGGGAGAGUGUUUGAUCCUAACAAGCACUGUGGAGUCCAGGACCCAGAGACUAAGCGGCCCUGCACACGGUCCCUCACCUGCAAGACUCACUCCUUAACCCACCGCCGAACCGUCUCUGGCCGAAGCAAACAUUUCAACAUCCUCCUGGCCGAACACAAGGGGCGUGCAAAAUUAAAUGAAGGAGCGAAGGAGAAAGACAGGGACAGAUCGCAGGGAGGGAAGGAAGGCAGCAGCCAGAGUAUCAUGUCACAGGAGACCACAUGUCCCAGCAAGCCUCACUGCCCAAAUGGACGACCUCUGUCCAUGCUGAAGCUACGGCUGGCAAAUGCACACAUACCCAGGGUUCCAGGCUCCACCACGUCAAGUCCUCUGCUCCCAGCGCCAGCCUCCGCCCCGGCCCUUAACCCAGAGCAGUCUCCCCACAGUUGGGUGGCAGCAGCAGGAGACGGCGGUCGACUUUCCAGUGAUGAGGGAGACGCAGAGACUCUAGAGGACACUGACAGACCUGCCUUUCACUACUCCAAUCGCCACCCACAGCCUUUAGGGUUUUGCCUAUUCAGCAGCAGGCUCAUGGGACAGGGCCACUAUGUGUUUGACAGACGAUGGGAUAGGAUGAGGCUGGCGCUCCAGAACAUGGUGGAGAAACACCUGAACGCACAGAUGUGGAGGAAGGUGCCUCUGGCUGCUGAGAGCCUCCUCUCCCUCUCCUCCUCUGGUACCUCCCCCAUCACUUCCCAACAGACUCCCCCUCCCACCUCCGUCACUUCUCCUCCCCUCUCCUCCCCCUCCAACUCUCUUUCCUACACCGCCACAUUUCCUCAGUCUGCAUCCAUUGCUGGGGUGUUCAGCAUUCGAGACGCUCCGCAGCCCGUCGCCCCAGUUUCUGCACUGGGUAAAGCCCGUAACGGCACGCAUAAAGUCAGCCGCCCAUCCAAAGACAUGGUGGACUCUGUAGUGGGGUCCAAGAGGAGAAAAAACUCUUCCUACUCCUCCUCCUUUUCUCCAUCUUCCUUGUUUCCGACUGUUGAUAAUCACAAGAGGAACGGCAGCAGCUAUCAUCCAAGGUUACAAGGUUCAGGGGGGGCAGCAGCAACAGCAGCAACCCCAGCCAGGAAAAAGGGACUUGGGCACAGGGGAAGUAGGCUUUGGAGCGGCGGAGAGGACUGGCUGUUGAGAGCCGAUGGGUCUCAAAGCCACAACUCACAGAACAGUCGCGAACUUGGCACGACCAGUAUACCCUACUCACCCAACAGGGAGCCGGCCUCUGCCCCCCAUCAGCCCCUGGCUUCCCCCUCCGGACCCUUGGCUUAUAAAGAAGGAGCAGAGGGGAGGAAGAGGAGGAGUCCCAGCUCGUACACAGGGAAGGCCAGCAAGCUGAGCAGACCGGGCGGGUUGGAGAGCCUCUUUGGGAAUGGGAGCGACAGCAUGGGAAUACUGGCUUCGGGGCCAGAGUCCCCAAGACAGGCCAAGUUGCAUCACUGACCGAAACCUGUUUCAUGGACAGAAUAUUGGGCAGCUGUGCAGCCCACCACCGUUUGUGACCUUUGACCUCACCACUCUUCCGCUGACAGCACCAAUCAGACUGCUUUAUCUCGACGGUGUCACUCCUAUUCAUCCAAUGACGGUUCAGUUCACCUGCUGUGACAUUGGGGCUCUGGAGUCUUUGCCCACAGUUGGCUGGGAGUUACUUUCACUCUCCAACUUUAACCUUUGAUAAUGGAUCGCUCUGAUGGAAAACUGCUGUGCCUGACUGUGGUCGCAGUCUUUAAAGAACAAGACGGUGGUAUCCAAAAAAUGCAUCCUCUGAAAAAGGGAAUAUGCCUCACUUUUUCAAGGCAUUGGUAAUAUAAUACCACCACUGUACAAUUUUGGGGGAGACAUUUUUUUUUUUUUUUUUUUUUUAAACAAUCAGUUUAUUUUCUGGUUGUUUUGACCAUUUUCCUGGUUCCUGUGUCUGGUCAGUGACAAGGAAAGAGGUCUGUGAUUGUUAUUGUGAGUGAGAUGGUUGAAGGACCUACUGACAUGACUACUGUAGGACUCAGCCUUCAUUUAUGCCACCUCAACACCCCCCACCCCACCCUCUUUCUCUUGAUUUUAGCUUCCCCUCUUCCUCAUAGAUGGAAGACAACCGCAGCUUUAGUUUGAGUUUAACUUUUGGUUUUAUCAAGCUUCAACCUCUCUUUCAACCUCUUUUUCUUUAUUUCUCUCCAUCUUUCUUUCCUACUUUUUGUCAACAUCUCUACAAUUCUCAUCUUCCCUUUAUUCCCCUCCUUAUCCAUCCCAGCAUGCCUGUGUUCAAAGUGCACUUACAGCCCUCGCUUCCCCCUUUGCUUCCUUCUUCACUGACUCCAGCAGUGCCACACCAAGGACCUGUUCACACAAGGGAAGAAAAAAAAAUAUCUAUGUUACCAAUGAUGCCGAUGUAUGUCAAUAUAGGAAGAAAUCCGAUUUUAUUUGAACAUUGUUUUUUUUUUUUCUUAGUUCUGGUUUUAAAUGUUGCAAGAAACACAAACUCCUGUCUGUGCGUCAGGACUUGCAUCCAAAAAGGAAUGAUUACUAACGUGUUGGAUUGUUUUUUUAUUUUUUAUUUUAUUUUAUUUUUUAUAAUUUAUCGUUUGUUUUGCAGCUGACCCUCAAGGUUUGAGCUAAAGAGACUUUUUGAGGAAAAGAGUAAUUUCUAUGGCGUUUUGAAGAAAUGUUGAAAGUAUUAUGAUAGUUCAUAUUGUUGAAAAUGUGUACAUAUCGAUUAUUAUUUUUUGUAUUUAUUAAUAAUUGUCCCCUUUUACUAAAUAUGAGUUAAACAGAGUAUUUUUGCCCCCAUACCUAGGUCUGUGUUAAAUGAUAUUGAUGAGAUUGGCCUGAUUUCUCAAAAUCUUCAAGGAAUUUGUUCAUUAGCAAGUUUUUAAAUAAUUACUAAUUAAUACACAAACAAAAAUAUGAAUUUUAACUGUGGCUGCUGUGUAUGUCAUUUCCAUUUCGCUGUGCAGACAAUUCACAUACCACGGCCAAUUCUGAAAAAGAAUAUAUAUAUAUAUAUAAUUCAGGCAUGUUCUAAUAACUAAGUGUUAUUAUGUGUAGCUUAUAUUGUUGUCUGACAAAAAUAUCUUCACUCAAGGAACACUCACAUGUGGUUGCAAACUCCAAAAAAACUGUCCCAUUUCCCUAAAAGUCAGAAAUUGUAUGUAAGAGUAUGUGCUAUUUACUAAUUGUUAAAGAAUACUGUAAAUUAUACAAUACAGUAUAUGCGCCAAACUGCAACUUUGUGAAGUUUAAUUGGCAGUAGUUUUCCAAUAAGAAAGCAGAAUAAUUUUUCCAAAGAUUUAAUUAUUUUUUUUUUUGCUAGAUCUGCUAGAGCUCUAGAUUUCACCACUGCUUGCAAAUGGUGUAAUUUUUUUUCAGCAAUAAGCAGCUUCUCCAUUUCCAUAAAGGUCCAUCAACAGCACACUCAAAGUACUAUUUUAUUUCAGUAAUUUUUAGAAUGCAUGCUGACUUGACUCUUGAGUCUACUCAAUGUUGUCACUUUUCCAAUGUGAACACACUACAUACUCAAAACCUGCAUAGAAUUAGUCUGUAGUUUGAAAUGGGGAUAUAGCCACAGUCUUCAUCAGCAGAUGGAGUGUACUCCGUUGCCCUGGAGACAGCUCAGGUGUCAUCACAUGAAGAGGGGGUCUAGUCCAUAAAUAACCAAUGAGUUAAGUUUUUGUUAUCCAAGUAUUAUAUCUAAGAUUAAUAUGGAACCUUCACAGUCAGUUAUUUUGUAUUUUGAUGCAUUAUUUACCAUGUCAAACAUAAGAGAUGAUGUCAUCGUUUAACUGUGCUAUAGAAUUUGACUUGGUCUUAAAUGUAAGCUGACAGUCAUGUUUCUACACAUUUAUUUCUACAUAUUUCUUCACAUUUCUAAUAGCUCAACAAUUUGUAUCUGACGUACGCUAAUGAACAAAGGUUGAUUUUGUGACACCAGGCCUUGGUUAGUAUUUUCAUAUAAAGGGACCCACAUUCCUUUUUGCCUGUGGAUCCACCCUCUUUCAUACUUCUUCCAAUGUUCAAAACUAUAGCUAUAUUUUUCAACUGUCUUUAUCUUUCUGUACCGAUUGGUCUAGUUCCAGUGCAAUUAUGCUUGUUGUGUAUUUAAAAAUCAAAGCCAGGUCAAAGUGCUUUCACUUACUUUUCAGCUGCACCCGUCAAGCUUGGUACCAAUUCUUCUCUGGUGGCUCAGUAGUUCACUGCACUGUAAAUGCAGCAACAUUCAUUCCUCUGAAAUAACGAGAAGAUAAAAAAAAAAAAAAAAAGUUUGUUUAUUGAAAGUGGUAUUAUUAAAUGGUAAAAACCUUUUAAAAUGUCUGAAAAAUACCCUGUCUAUUCACCCGGUGUUGCUGAUAAAGCCAAAGUAACUGAAACCAUUUAGAUUUGCUUGAUAGCAGCGUGACGCUGUGAGCGACGCUCCCACCUGGUACUCGCUGGCUGCUUCAAAUAACUACUUGUUGAUGUUUGUUUUUGUUUUUUUGUCUCAAAAGCAUCGAAGCACUAUUGAUGUACAAAAUCGGUUGUAUUCGUGUUAAGCUUUUUCCAAGUGCUUCCCAUGAUGACACUUUAUUCUUCAGUGUGUGAGAUCGUCAACGUACCCUUAGAUCAAUUUAGUGAUACUUUAUUUUACUGUAGAUAGACACGCAAGGUGUAUCGGGGUACUCGUGGUGUACAGUUAACUCGUUGCAAUUACAGUGUACAUUUUCUCUGUGUAACGCAACGUACCAACAGAUGUACUAGUAAAUAGAUGCUUUAUGUUGGUUUAAUGGCUGAAAACAAUGGUUUAGGUGGGAAUUAAAGAUUUAGUUUCCGCUCAGUAUCUUCAGUGUGUCCGCAGAUCAAAGAUGACGAUCUUACCGCUGACAUGUUUUUUGGGGAAUCCCACCGUGACUUACUGUUUAUGGUAAUCGAAAUGGGAAGUUACCAUCUGUUGCAGCUAAAAUUAAGACAACGUUCAUGAAUUUAAGAGCAGUUGUAUAUUAUCUUUGCUGUUGAAUUUUAUGAAGGUAUUGACAGUUUUUUUUUUAAAUCCUCCCCUUUCCUUUUUCUUUUUUGCACUUUGUCAUAAUGCCCAGAUCUUGAAUCAACUUCUAUUUAUAUAAAUAUUUGAGAUAUUAAAAACAAAUCUAUAUCUAUAUAUUUGUAAUAGUGUUUCUGGCAACUACAGUAAAAAGAAGAUGAGUAUAUUCUCAGUGAGUCGGCCCCUAAACCAGUUGUUGUAUUUGAUCCAAACUGUGUAGAAUGUCUGAAAAAUGCCUUGUAAGAGUUGCCGUUUAUUCACUCUCACUGAAGUUGGAUCAGAACAAGGAUUUUCCCAUCAAAACAACUAAACACUUGCUGUAUAAAAAAAAUAGUCUUAUAUCCAAGCUUUUAUUAAAUGAUUGAAAGUG